GCCGAGCACCCGCGCGCGACGCACCGACCGACGCGUAAUGAAACCGACGUGGUGACUGUCGAAGAAAAUGUCGUCGAUAUCGGCCCAGGGGGUCGUGGAGCGCGCCUCCGCCGAGCUCAGCAAGAGGAUCAACGGCCUGGGGCUGCGCAAGCACCACAGCGCCAAGGGCAGCGUGAUGGAGCGGGUCACCAACGUGUUCUGCGGAGGCAGCAACGCGGCCGUCGCGGCGCCCGAAAAACCGUCGCGGUUGCUGCCGACUCGCCUCAAAACCACCCCCAACUCCAUCACGAUCUUCCCCCAGAAAAAGCACCGCCCCCUCCCUCUGCACCUAACCUUGGAUCAGCUGUUCUUGGACGAGCAGUUCCUAAACAAAUUCUUCUCCUACUUCACCCCCUACGACAGGUGCAUCUUGGCCCAGGUGUGCACAAAGUGGCGGGACAUCCUCUACAGAUCACCUAGGUACUGGACUGGACUCGUCCCGGUGUUACAGUGCCGGGAACUGAGGAACUCCCUGGGUAACGAUAGAGCUCGAUUGUACUCUUCCUUACUGGGACGAGGUUUCCACAAUUUAUGUCUGAUGGGAGCUUCUGAUGAAGACGCGAUAGAUCUAGUGAACACUUUCCCUCUAGCUUCAAAGCACAUUCACACCAUCAGUUUACGGUGCUCCAGCAUUACAGAUCGGGGUUUGGAGUCCCUUUUGGAUCAUUUGCAGGCCCUCUACGAGCUGGAGCUGGCCGGCUGCAACGAGAUCACGGAGGCUGGAUUGUGGGCGUGCCUUAACCCGCGCAUCGUGGCGCUGACCUUGACGGAUUGCAUCAACGUGGCGGACGAGGCUGUGGGCGCCGUCGCCCAGCUGCUGCCCGCCCUCUACGAGUUCUCGCUGCAGGCGUACCACGUGACGGACGCGGCGCUCGGGUACUUCUCGCCCAAGCAGAGCAACUCGCUCAACGUCUUGAGGUUGCACUCCUGCUGGGAGAUCACCAAUCACGGCGUUGUAAAUAUAGUUCAUUCAUUGCCCAAUUUAACCGCACUGAGCUUAUCGGGCUGCAGCAAGAUAACCGACGAUGGCGUGGAACUGAUAGCCGAAAAUUUACAAAAAUUGCGCUCGUUGGAUCUGUCUUGGUGCCCCCGUAUUACCGACUCUGCCUUGGAGUACAUAGCGUGUGAUUUAAAUCAAUUAGAAGAAUUAACUUUAGACCGGUGUGUUCACAUAACAGACAUCGGUAUAGGUUAUAUCUCCACCAUGUUGUCUCUAUCAGCUUUAUAUCUGCGGUGGUGUUCUCAAAUCAGAGACUUUGGACUGCAGCAUUUGUGCGGGAUGCGCAAUUUACAAAUACUAUCUUUAGCAGGGUGUCCACUUUUGACUUCAAGCGGUCUGUCGAGUUUGAUCCAGCUACGGCAUAUGCAAGAACUAGAACUGACAAAUUGUCCAGGGGCGUCAAGGGAGCUAUUCGACUAUUUGAGAGAACAUCUACCUCGCUGCCUCGUCAUAGAAUAAGCCACAAAUGUCCACUCGUUAUUAGUUUGUGCAAUAAAACACUACUACAAUACCUAAACUAUAAAAAACCUUUCUAAUAAUGCUGCUCAUCAAAUGUAAUUUUUCCAGCUGAGAUAAACAAUAAUAACAAUAACGU